AUGGUGCCGGCGCCCGGGAGCGCCCUGCUCGCCGCCCUGCUCGCCGCCGGGCUGGCCGCCGUGGGCAGCUUGAGAGCUCGUGGGCAGCUGGUGGCUGUGAGCCAGCCUGGGGUGUGUCGCUAUGGUUCCAGGUUGGAUUGCUGUUAUGGCUGGAAAAAGAACAAGGGCCACUGUGAAGCUACCUGUGGACAUGGUUGCAAGUAUGGGGAGUGCAUGGGACCAAACAAAUGCAAAUGUUUCCCUGGAUUUACAGGGAAAACCUGUAAUCAAGAUCUGAACGAAUGUGGACUGAAGCCACGUCCUUGUGAGCACAGAUGUAUGAAUACACAUGGCAGCUACAAGUGCUAUUGUCUCAACGGGUACAUGCUUAUGCCAGAUGGCACAUGUGCAAGUUCCAGGACAUGUGCCAUGGUGAAUUGCCAAUAUGGAUGUGAAGAAGUCAAAGGGGAGGUGCAGUGUCUCUGUCCAUCAGGUGGCCUUCAGCUGGGAUCAGAUGGAAGGACAUGCAUUGACAUUGAUGAAUGCUCCACUGGCAAAGCUCUCUGCUCUUACAACCGCAGAUGCAUCAACACCUUUGGAAGCUACUACUGCAAGUGCCAGCUUGGUUAUGAACUGAAAUACAUCAGUGGCCAUUAUGACUGUGUAGAUGUGAAUGAAUGUGUGACAAAUACACACAGGUGUAACCUCCAUGCAGAGUGUCUCAACACUGAGGGGUCCUUCAAGUGCAAAUGUAAACAGGGAUACCGAGGAACUGGAUUUGAUUGUGCUGUUAUCCCUGAAAAGUCAGUGAAGGAAAUUGCAAGAAUCCCUGGAACAGCUAAGGACAAAAUUAAGAAACUUCUUGCACAUAAAAAUAGUGUGAAAAAGCAUGAAAAAAUCAAGAAUGCGAUCCCAGAAGCAGCUGUGACACCACCUUCUAAGGCCCACUUGCAGAUAUUGGACUAUGAAGGUGGUACUGAUCUUGGUGGGAGCUACAGUGAGGAAGAGAAAGAAAUUGAAGCUAUUACAGAAGAUGAAGCAGAAGAGUCUGAUGAAGAGGAAAAGGCAGAUUUUGAGAAUCAAAUCGAUGAUGAGCAAAGCCUGAGAGGAGAUGUCUUUUUUCCAAAGGUGAAAGAAGCAGCUGCCUUUGGCCCUCACCUGGCACAGAGGAAAGUUCCAGUGUCAAGACCAGAGCAAGAAGUUGAUUGCAGCUUCAGUCGAGGAGUCUGUGACUGGAAACAAGACACUGAUGAUGACUUUGACUGGAAUCCUGCUGAUCGUGAUAGAGGUGAUGGGUACUACAUGGCAGUUCCAGCUUUUGUGGGGCACAAGAAGGAUAUGGGGCGUCUAAAACUUCUUCUCACUGACCUGAAACCAAAGAGUACCUACUGCUUGAUUUUCAGUUAUCGGCUUGCUGGUGAGAAAGUGGGGAAACUUCGCGUGUUCCUGGCAAACAAAAAAACUGCUCCUGUCUGGGAGCAGAACACAGGAAAAGAUGAAAGGUGGAGAACUGGAAAAAUAGAGAUAUUUCAGGGAGCUGAGACAAAUAACAGUGUCACUUUUGAAUCAGAACGUGGGAAGGGAAAAACUGGAGAAAUUGGAGUGGACAAUGUUAUACUAAUUUCUGGUCUAUGCCCAGAAGAUACCUGACAAUGGACAUUUGAGUAUACUGGAUUUAAUCUUAUUUUUCAUAUUUGCCUUUUCAGUAGUGUAUUUUUGUAUCCUUUUCUUUAUAAAAAAAAACAAACCAAAACUAUAAAACUGUGCCUUGAACUUAAUGCAACAAUGCAAAUGGAAAAAUGCAAGGUGCAGAGUACACUUUUUUAUGAGUCAUUCUAAUUCUAAUACAUGCUUUGAGUGUAACACUACUGUAUUUUAUAAUUCAAGGUCAGGGUUUCUAAAGUAUUAUUUGUCUAAUUUUUUUAUAAAUUCUACAUGCUUUUAUUUCUUAAAGUUCUUCUCUAUUCUUAAGUCUUCUAUUUCACAAGAACAUAAAGCAGUAUUUAAGAGGAUGUUGCUACUUCUGGUGACAUAAUUUUAACUUCUUACUUAGUGCGUA